UUUCGGAACGGAACGAGUGAUCAUCACCGAAGUGGAACGGGCGUGCAACGCAAAGGUGAUCCGAACGACUUCGCCGUGGCGUCUCUCUUCGAUCCCACACUCUCCAUUUCUACCGCAGCAAUGGCGUCGGCUUCGAUUCCCUUGAGCACACGCCCUUAACUGCGAUCUGAUCAUCUCGGUCAUGAAGAACAAGAUCUUUUGCGGCGGCGGCGGCGGCGGCAGUGGCGGAACGGUAUUCCAACAGCUGAUGCAACAGCUCGGAGACGAGGAGCCCGUGGAUUUCCAGCUGCCGGACUGGUCGAAGAAGCAGAAAUCAGCGCCCUACAACUUCAUAAGGCGCAAUGUUUAUCUCACUAAAAGGAUAAAAAGGCGUGCGGCAGAUGAUGGCAUCUUCUGCUCCUGCAGCCCAUCACCGGGAAAUUCGGUUGUUUGCGGCAGAGAUUGCCUCUGUGGGAUGCUUUUGUCUUGUUGUUCUCAAAGUUGCAAGUGUGGAAAUCUAUGUGUGAACAAACCGUUCCAGUAUCGGCCUGUGAAGAAAAUGAAGUUAAUUGAGACAGAAAAAUGUGGAUCUGGGGUAGUAACCGAGGAGGAUAUAAGACAAGGAGACUUUGUGAUAGAAUAUGUUGGUGAAGUAAUUGAUGACAAAACUUGUGAAGAAAGGCUGUGGAAAAUGAAGCAUUGUGGUGAGACGAAUUUUUACCUGUGUGAGAUCAACAGGGACAUGGUCAUUGAUGCUACAUACAAGGGAAACAAGUCUAGAUUUAUAAAUCAUAGCUGCCAGCCGAAUACUGAGAUGCAGAAAUGGACAAUUGAUGGUGAAAUACGCAUUGGUAUAUUUGCAACUCGUGAUAUAAAGAAGGGAGAGGAGUUAACAUAUGAUUAUCAGUUUGUACAAUUUGGAGCAGAUCAAGAUUGCUACUGUGGUUCUGUAGGUUGCAGGAAGAAAUUGGGAAACAAGCCUAGCAAGCUGAAAUUUUCUUCUUCAGACACUGCUUUGCAACUAGUUCUUUGUGAGAUUGCAGCUUCCUCUCCCAAUUCAAAAGCACUUCUGUAUGGAAAAGCCAAUCUGGAAAGUGGGAGAUUAAAUAUGGAAGGAUCACCAUCUUUUGUUGCUCGCAAAAGAAAGAGUGAGUUCCAUAAUUGCAUCUAUGAAGUUGUACGAAUCUGGUCUCCUCAGUAUAAAAGGUAUUAUGGAGGAGUUAUACUGGAAUUUGAUUGCUAUUCUAGAAAACACACUAUAAUCACAGAGGAUGAGAGGGUUGAAAACGUUGAUCUUUCAAAGGAAGAUUGGGAUUUUUUAUGAUCUCUGGAUGUCAUCUCAUCUUAAAGGUACUCUGAAAUCUGAAUAGUUUUGAGGUGGACUCGAGCAUCUAUUUUCUACUUGAUAUGAUUGUCAUGUUAUAUAAACCCUUUAAUAAGUGCAUAAUCAGAAUGCUAGGCUCAAUUUUGCUCUUGAAGUUUCUUUUUUCUAGUGAACACAUUACAGUAAAACAAUACCGCUACCUUGUUGAACAGUAGAAGUUUGCGAUCUUGAAACUGUAUAAAGGUGUUCGGGUGCAUUAUCAUGCUCUUGAACACUAAUGAAAGGUUACCGUUGGCUGGGUAUGAUGUUGAAAUGUUACUGAGGAUCUGCAGGUAAAAUCUUUUGUGUAAAUCAAGAUUCAUGCUCACAUGGUAUGCAGAAGCUAUCCGAAUGACUCUGUUGUGAACUGCAUCAGAUUGCUGAUCAAUACACAAAACCUGUUGCCUUCCUUCUUCCCGCUGCACUUAACUGACCUCGAGUGUCUUCAAUUUUUAAGUCCAUUUAUGUGUAUUAUUAUCAUCAAGAACUGACACUCUACCAUUACCUUAUUAAACUGUGCUUAUAUACUCAACAAAGUUAGCCAAGCAUUUUUUAAGUACUUACAGUUCUCAAUCUAUAUCCAGAUGCAAGUCUUAUGUAUGGCUUACUGGUAUAAUGCUUUGUUCAGGAAAUGGAUUGAGGCAUGGCUAGGCAUAACAUGUGGCAGGUCUGGAAAUCCAUGGAUUUGAAGUGAUGUAAACAUUCCAAGGCUUGAUGAUCAUGUCGAUGGCAUGCUCAUGAAUUCACCUUUCAAAGCAGAUAUUGUUCAGGCACUUUUCAACGUGGACCAGAAGAGAUGCCUUGUCCUAAUGUUAAUGUACAUAUGAAACCGGAAAGCAUGCAUGACUCUUCUAGCUACUGGAUCUGAGGUAUGUGAUUAAAUAAAAAUAUAACAUAACCUUAAUUAUGCUUUUAUCAGA